UGUCAUGUUGAAUUGGGGAUGGUAUUUCAACUGAUCGAACAGCCAAGCAGAAUCCACCAACUUACACUGCCAGAUAGUGUUGCAGCAUUAUGCAAACCAGGUUAUCAAAAUACCAAGCGUUUGGCAUAUUCGUCCCCUGAUGGUGAAGAAUCAGCAAUUACUACUCCUGGAGGUUAUGUAAUGUAUCAUAAGCCUACAAAAGUAAAAAGAAAUACCAAAAGGAAUAUAGCAUUCACCACUAAACGUAACGCUAGAAGUGGUAGUAAAAUGAGGAGAAGC